AUGGUACCUCCACCACCUACGAUAUCCCUCCUUUUUAUUUUAAUUGUAUCAAUCAUUCCUUUGAUUCAAAGUCAACCAUUUUAUGAUUAUUCAGUAGACCCAGGUGCACAAUGUCAAGUGUAUAUAGGCGAUCUGGUAGGCCUAACCAUUUGUGCACCCUAUAUCACCCAUUACAACAGAUCAGUCUAUGUACCAUCAACCAGCAAUCAACAAGAAAUGCUUCAAAAUGCCUCAUACUAUUAUGACAUCCUAUCAACCAUUGGAGGUGAUUCUUGUAAAACUCAAGAAUCAUUUAGAACUCUUUGUUCAUUUUUUUUUUCUCCAUGUAUUCAAUAUCAAUCCCAAAAAGAACAUGUAGAGAAAGUUGUCAACAAAUGUUAUGACUCUACAGACCCAUCACUCAAUAUUGAUUUGCCACCAGUUGACAAUUUAAAUACAUUUUGUCCACACCCUCUAGUCUACAGAAACUCAUCUCUUACUAGUAGAAGUGAUGAUCUUAAUCGAGGUUAUGCCUAUAUAACCAACAUAUCAGAUUGUCUCAUUGGAUGCCCAGGACCUAUAUUUAAACAAAGUCAGUGGACCACAUUUUACAAUCUAUUAGACUCUGUUUCUGUUAUAUCAGCCUUGGCUAGUCUAUUCAUGCUCAUUACUUAUGGUAUUUUAAAUCCAAAUCGAACAAACUAUGAAACAAUUCUCUGUGGUCAAUUUAACAGUAUUUUUCUUAGGUCUCUAGCUGGUGUCCUCAUAACAUUUGGUGGUGGGUCAAGAGAAAACAUGUGUCCUGAACCUGGUAGAUAUGCAACUUAUCACGAUCCAACUUGUAUGGCAUCUGUUAGACAACUAAAAAUAUUACAUUUUGUAAUUGGAUCAACUAUUUUAACAAUUAUAAUGACUGUAAUUAUUACAGUUAAAGGUAAAUAUAUAUUUCUCAAAAUGAUAAUGUUAUGUAUAUGUUGGCCAUCAGUUGAUGGAGUAGUUGAUGGAUUAUUUUGGGGACCAAUAGGAGUUUGUAUUGGAUUGGCAACUAUUAUGAUUGUUUGGACUAUUUAUGGUAUUGUAAAAUUAACAAAACAAGCAAAUGUACAAGAAAGUAUAAUUAGAAAAGUAGUUUAUUCUCAAGCAGCACCACUUUACUAUAAUUUAGUAUUCUAUGCCAUCUUUUUAUACAAUUUAAUUAAUAAUAGAGUGAUGAAAUUUGAAACUACUCCACCAGAGUCUGAUGCAUUGGUUGAAUACUUUAAUUGUAUCUUGUACGCUGAAAAGAAUGGUAGUAAUCCAGAUGAUUGUGUUGUCACUCAAGGCCCGUCUCUAGGAAACUAUGGAUUCUUUGUAUUCUCUGUUUACAUUUAUGGAUUACUUUGUCUCUUGUUUCAUGCGACCUGA